UCGUAGCGGUCUGACUGCUACGGGUUUCGUAGCCUGUAAAUUGCAUCGUAAUUCCUUGUCUUAGUAAAAUGUGCUGUAAUUAUCUAGUUUAUGUCGCAUAUUCGUAAUUUUAAGUUUGGUACAUGUAGUUUUGAAGAACUGUAUUGGUGUAAGCUUAUUAUUUUAUGGUAAUAAUAAAGUGUCUGGAUUGAUUGCUGCAACAGAUAAGCAAUGUUGCCAGCACGCACCAUCCUGUUGGCAAUCAACAAAGUUUGGACUCGUUAGGCGGAGUGUCCAAGUGAGAUAACAAGAUGGGUUGUGUCCGCGUCUGUACCUUCCUGAGUUUGGCCCUCAUACUGGUUGCGGUGGAUGGGUCCAACUGUCCGUUGGACGGAGAUUGCGUUUGCGGUGGCACUCAUGCGGUCGAGUUACAAUGCAAUGUUCAAGGACAAAAAGUGAAAAUAAGCUAUAUGCCGAACACAUAUUUAUUUAUACGAUGCGAAAAUUCAUCCAGCAUUGAAUACGACAAAUUUCCAAAACUACGCGCCAAUGGAAUAAACACAUUUCAAUCAGUCACGUUCAAAGACUGUCCGCUGCCGGUGUCAUCGUUCAGAAACGUAUUCACCAAUGUCGGAGUAUCAAAGACGCUCUCUUUAAUAUUUCAAAAUGCGAAGAACUUAUCUAGCGAACUGGACCGCAAGCAUUUCGCAGGGUUGCAGGAUCUCACCAAAUUACUGCUAUCCGUUAAUGGAGUUACCAACUUACCCGAUAACUUGUUCACGGACAUGCACAACCUGACGUGGCUGAAUAUCCGCUCUAAUGGCGUCAAUCUCACCGAGCAGUUGUUCAAGCCUCUAGAAAAGCUGGAAACUUUGGAGAUCAGUCACAAUCACAUGACAAACAUAUCUGCCAACUUGUUCUCCCAUCUCUCCUUCUUGAGGAAACUAUCUUUGUGGCAAAGCAACGUGACGAGGUUCUCCGAAGACUUAUUUACGGGAGUGGAUGUGCUCGAGGAGUUAGACUUGAGCUCGAACGGACUCAACGAACUACCACCUUCAAUAUUUAAUCCGCUUACCAAGUUGAAGAAACUCACCCUGUUUUCUAAUAAGUUCUCGGCGCUGCCGCCAAACUUGUUCGGGAACAACGAAAGGCUCGACACAGUCAUUAUUUUUAAUAACGACGUGAAGUUACAGCGACUGCCCCGCGGGCUCUUCAGUAAAUUACCGAAUCUGAAAGAAGUUUACGUGCAGAGAUGCGAGCUGGAAUCCAUCCCGCACGACGUUUUCGCCGACUCGGCCGGAAUAACGAACAUAUCUCUGGCGUACAAUGAAAUAGAGAUCUUACCAGAAGCUAUUUUCAACGAUCAAAUCAAUUUACUGGAGCUAGAUUUGAGCCACAAUAAGAUCCGGGAGCUCGAGCCGAAGCUGUUUUCAUCUCUGGUGAAACUAGAGUCGCUGAAAUUGUGCCACAAUUUCCUGCAAGAAAUAUCGGGGUCGACGUUUUCUUCGUUGCUGAGCCUAAUUUACUUGGACGUGGAGGAAAAUCGUCUGAAAACGAUAACAUCGUAUUUGUUCACCAACAAUAAGCAGAGGAUGUCAAUCAAUAUGGCGCAUAACAGUUUGAGUUUUGAUGGCGGCGAGGCGGGCAAUGACUCGUGGGUGGGCAGGGGUGUGUCGCCGUUCGCUCGCACUUACAACUUGAGGAUGCUCAAUCUGAGUUACAACGAAUUCCGAAUUACAUUCGACGACUGGUGGCUUAACGGUCACGAGAACCUCGAUAUCAGCCAUAAUCAUAUUUCACAUCUCUGGGUGUCAAAUCAUUCGUUGUUCGAUAGAUUAAAUCAAUCCUACAGAUCAAAUCAUUCGUUGCUCUAUAGAUUGAAGGUCAAAAGCAAAGAAAAAGAUCACCGUCGAAGAUGUUUGAAACAACUGUGGAUGGAUAAUAAUCCCUUAGUUUGCAACUGUCGAGCAUCAAUAUUCUUAAAUGAGCUAAGAGAAAUGGACACGAAGGGCGCGGAUUCUAAUCAAUUAAACUGUAAGUUCAUGCAGACAUUCUACUGCGAUGGCCACGAACUGACUUACCUCCUGGUAUUGCCUAUGUUAAUAGCACUCACUCUUCUUGGAAUAAUCUACCUCGAGCUAAAAGAGAGAUGGCAAGCAAAACUAGACUUUUCUGGGAAAUACCGACAAAUAGAAUUGACAGUUGCCUAUUCGGAAAAAGACGAGGCAUUCGUUUUAAAGGAGCUACUGCCUGGACUUCGCGAACGAAUCAAUGUCAAUUGUAACUUAAGACCUCUAAAACCCACACGGCGGAAUAAAACUAUGGUAGAACACAUCAAAAAUUAUAUUAAAAAAGAAACAGUUACAGUCGUAGUGUUCUCACCGAAUUACCUCACUGAAUGCUACUGCGACAUCGAAAUAAGAAAGAUUAGAAGGAUUAUGAGAAAACAAAGGAACAAUAUUGAUGUUUUCCUGGAUGUCAUAGAUGACAACUCACUCUACGAAUAUCUGAAGAGCGUUGCGAACCCGAUGUCAUCGGCAUUUUGGUCAGACUCGAAUUUCUGGGACCAUCUCCUACCACUGAUUGAAGAAAAACAAAGCCUAAUGAAGUAUGCCGGCGUGUUUCCACCGAGAAAAACUCAAAAAUCCAAAAGCAAACGAUCCAGAAUAAUGAAAUAUACGAGUCGCCCGGCACCGGUUGCGGUUACACAUAGUCAAGUUUAGAAUAUGAAAUGAAAUCUUUCUUUGGUUACACGAGGAAAAGACUGACUUACCAACUUAGAACGAUAAUAUAAACGAUAUACGAAAAGAUGGUGUGUCACACACAAAAACAUAGCAAAAAACUGUCCACAUUUUGAUUACUUUCAAGCCUAUUUAAGUUCAAACAAGUAAUAACUUCAAAAUAAGAGCUCAGUGGUAGAAUUUGGGGUGUUGUUUGUCGAGACGUUUCUUUAGCACUGACACUCCAUCUAGUUCGUUUUAAAAUAUCGUUGUUUACCAAUCAAAAUUGUAACAGCUACAGUGCCACAAACUUAUCUGUUCUGGUGAGAGUUCAAGUAAAUUUUUAAUAUUUCUUCAUUCUCUAGGAUGUUAAGUUUUCCCGUAAUGGUAAUUUACUCUUGCGGUUUAAAUAAGUAAAUCCAUUUAAUCUAUAUCAAUAUAAAGUUUAUUGGUGAGUAACGAGAUAUGGGCCAAUUUAAUUCGUUCCCACCGGAACAGAUAAGUUUGUCGCACUAUACGUAUUAGUAACGUGUGUAUUGUUUGCUUGUAUCGGGACGUCAUUCUACAAAACUGAACUACAUGGCAAUUAUUUCAUUGAUAUAACAGAUAGAUGUAUUUAUAAAUAAAAAUAACCUCUAAUUAUUUUAUGAACAAACAUAACGUAAUUAUAUGUUAAUGAUUUCAUAGUAUAGUGAAGGUUAUCUCGUUUGCUUUUGGUCAAGAAUAAAUUAACUCUAUGGAUUCAAAACUCCAGUAGGAAUAUAAUUAUUUCUAUCACUUUUUGUUUCCUUUUACCAAGCUAUAAUUACUUUCUUAAGUUAUUUCUUAUACUAUUCUUCAUUCCAUGGCUGAUGUCCCAUUAAUUUAUUGUAGGAAAGAUACAUUUUAAGCAAUGAAAAAAAUGUACAGCACAUUUUUUGUAAUUAAAAUAUAUAAGAAAAUCCAUUUUAUUUAUAAACGGUAACUAUUUAAACCUUUUGUAUCGAAAUUGUUAAAUUGUACAUAGGUAGUUA